AUGGCGCUGAAUCUUGUUAAUCUUAUCUACCAUUUGCAAUGCAGAUUCCUGAAGCCGUCUGACGUCACCGACGUCGCAGAUGCCACAGCCAGCCUGGCUCAGGCGGGAGCGCAGCCCUCCGAGCGGACCAGGGGACCAGGGGACCCGGGUUUGUUUGGAAACACAGACACGCUUGUAUUCAGCAGCAUAAAGCCUGUUGGUGGAUUCCAAAGCUCAGCCCCACUUGGAGGUCCUUUCCUUCCCAGGCUUGUCUCAGCUCUGGACCUGCCCUCCAUUAGGGGAGGCCAGAGAGCCCUGUUUGAGCAGUUUGCUGAGGUGUUCCCGUUGAAGGUGUUCGGCUACCAGCCAGAUCCCUUGAGCUACCAAGCUGCUGUGGGCUGGCUGGAAUUGCUGGCUGGGUCGCUGCUGGUCCUGGGCUCCUCCAUCCUGCAAGAGAUCAGUAACAUGCUUUUGACGCUGCUCAUGAUUGGGGCUAUCUUUACUCUGGUGGCACUGAAUGAGUCACUGAGCACGUACAUCCCUGCCCUCGUGUGUUUGAGCCUCCUGAUACUGCUGGAUGCCUGUCCAGACCCACAAGAACGAAGACUGCAGGUGUAUUCCACACAGCGACUCUACAACCCUGCCCUCAGGACACGCUGGGCCAUCCAAUGAGGAAACCCACCUUCCUGUCUGGUCCCGCUUCCCCUCCGUCAUGUUUACUGCUCCUCCGUCAUGUUUACUGCUCCUUGUUAGGAGCACAUGUCAUACAGACUAGCAUGCCUUAUGUCACGUGAAAGUAAGGAGAAAAAAAAUCGCCCAAACUUCAAAUCCCACCGCUCCCUCCCCCAUCCCCAAGCCACUUUUAAUUUGCUGGUGUGACUAUACUGCUCUAUAUUUUUUCUAUGUUUUGAUACUGGAUUUUUUUAAUGAAAAUGAGAUAAUAUAUAUUAUUACAUUAAAAUAGAUAUCGCCCUUCUACCUCCUCAUUUUUAACAGCUGCAUUGUUCCAUUGUAAGGAUACACUGUCAUGUAUGUACCCUGCCCGCCCCCUUCCCGAAACAUGUGGGUGGUUUCCAAUGUUUU